AUGACAGACUCGACCAGUCGAGUGGCAGGGCUCCCAACGUUUUCUCGGCACAUCACCACGCACGAUUCCAACGGAUUGGCAAUUUUCCACACACCAGACCCAGAGCAUCCCGAGAGUUCGACUGAGACGCCAGGCCCGCCGAUAUCGACUGAGCCGACGUGGGUCAACUUCCCAGGCUCGUCGGGAUUUGGCCUCGGGUACGCCACCGACACCACGCCGGCGGACUUUAAUGCAAACCAAGAUCUCGACACCUACUACGACUAUCUCCAUCAGCAUCCAGGGAUCGUGAUUCAAGGCGGGUCUGUGUUGAGAGUGGUUGAUAUGUAA